AUGAGGAUUAAAUAGAUUUUUUUAUACUUCAUUGCUAUUCUAGUUUUCGGCUAGGAGAAAGAAUAUUGUCAGAUGGAAAAUACUUUAUUAACAAUUGCAAGUGGCGAAAAUUAUGAUUUACAUUUAUUUGACUAUAUAUAUGCAGAUGACCUGACCUAUAAAAUGACAACUUAUUCUAAUCAAUAGUCUGAUAUUCCUUUUACACAUCUGAUAAGAAAAACUAGAUAGGGUGUUGUUGAAGAUGAGGUUAUUGAAAUUCUGGAAAACCUUAUCGAAUAGAAUGAGGGCCCUUUUUAUUGCUUUUUAAAAUCUACUAAGGAUGAAUAAAUAGUUUAUAGUCUAGUUAAAUGUUAAUUUGUUUCUGAAAAAAUAAUAUAUACUGAAGUGUAAUUCUUUAUAAAACGAGAACAUUGCUAUUAAAUAAUUUCCAAUAAGAUGUAGUAUUUCAUAAUGUGUAAGAAUGAUAUUACAAAUCAACUUGAGAUCUAUAUGUAUUUAGGAGAUACUAAAAAAAUUUUCAAUAUUCUCAUAUCAGAUGUUAUAAUACCUCAAGGAUCAAAAGUCAAGGCUAAAAAAUAAGAACUUUAUGAUUAUCUGGGAGUUUUGAUUUAUAAAGGGAGGAUGGAAAAUAAUAAGUACAUUUCAGAAAGUUCUUCACUAUAUAUAUUUAAAUAUAUAUAACCAAUGUAAUAUUAUUAUCUUCUUAAAUAAUAUGAAGCUCAUAGCCAAUCCGAUGAUUUCAUAACAGAUUUUGAUCUUUUUAAAGACCUUGUAUUCAUUACAAGAUUCAAAGGAGGCUUAACUUAUCGAAAUUUGAAAAUCGCAUGGAGCGAGGAAAUUAACGUUACUAAUGCCGUAGCAGAACUUUUCGGAAUUCAUACUGUAAAAAUCUCCACUGUUCACUAAAUUGAAUAAUACCAAAUUUUAUUAAUGUUUUGGGGUGAAAAUUUUUUAAUAUUUGCUAAUUUCCGAUUAAAUAAACUCUACAACCUUGAAUUAAAAGCAAAUUUUUAAAUAUUUCAGGAGAAGAGAUAUAACUUGAAAUCAGAAAAAGUAUUUAAUAGAAACGUUGUAUCAACAUAAAAUUAUUUGAUUUUCUCAAAUGAUAAAGAAUUUUAAGCCUUUUAUAUUAAAUAGGAGAAAGAUUAUGGAAUUGUAUUGGUUUACUAAGUACAUUUUCAAACACUCUCCUAUAUGAGGAAUUUACAAUUACCAAAAAUAGAACUUGUAAAUCUAACUGAAAUACAAAAUCCUUAAUUGAUCUAAAUCUCAGCACAAACAUCGGAUCAUCAGUUUGAUAAAUUUAAAUGUUAAGAUAUCAAAAUAUACUAUUAAGUAUAACUAUUGGAAUCAACGAAAAUAUGGCCAAAAUUUUAUAACGAAAAAGAGAAGAAUGUUUUUAUUCUGAAGUAUAAUAAAAAUGAGUUAAAAAUAUAAGUUGAUUUAAGUAAAGUGUUUUCUGGUUCAGCCUUAAGUAUAGAGGAAAUUAAUCUUAUUAAUAAAGAAGCAAAAUUUAUACCAUCAUAUUAGGAUAUGACUUUUUAAUUCGAUUUAGAUAUUUUGUUUUUUUAGACGGAUAUUCCUGAAUUUGCAAUUCUCUGUUAUUUCUUAUUUAAUCCUACAUAAUACUAUUUAAUCGCAAAAAUUAAACAAUAUCUAUUUAUAAAGGAAUGUGAAUUUCAAUCAAUUUAUAAAUGUCGUAAUAUUAAAAUUCUAAAUUUUGAAAAUGAUAAUCUGUAAGAUUUAUCCUGUUAAGAAAAUGAAUUGAGUGGUGCAUUUUUAUACAUUGAAAAAAUGAAGCAUGGUUUUGUUGGAGAAUAAAUUUCUCUAUUUUAUAUACAUAAAGUGAAUGGAUAAAUCGAUGUUUCUUUAGAAGAUUUCUAUACGUACACUAAAGGAAGUAUUCUUUCUAUUGUAUUAAUGGCAAACUUGUAAGCAUUCACAAUUCUAAGAGAUAAUGUUUAUACGCUAAAUACGAGAACUAUCGGUAGCUCUGGCGACUCAAAAGUUACCAGUAUUGAAUUACACUGUUAGAAAUUAUUUGAAUUAGUAACUGGUAUAGAAAUUUAUGAAAAUUUACUUUUUGUUCCAAGUAUUAAAUGGAAAAAUUUUGUGUACCAGAUCAUAAUUGAAAUUUAUAAUGUCAAAAAUAUUGAAGGAGAAAUGAACUUCUUUGGUUCUCUUCUUGUGGGUGUGACUAAAAAACCAACAAAAGAGAGAUUGUAAGUUUAAUUAAGUAACAAGGGAAUUUUUAUUUUAUCAGUCUGUGAUAUAUCAGAGGAUGAAUAAACCAAAAAAUUAUUAUUUAUUGAGAAAACAAUAUUCUUAAAAAAAUUCUUGUAUAAAAAUACGGACCAACUUGAUAUUAAAAAUUUAAGAACUAAAAUAUAUCCAACCUUCUAACUAAAGAAGAUCCAAAAAAUUAAAACAACAUAAAAUUUCUUAUACGUGUAUGGUAGUGAAAUUGAUACGCCUUCUUGUAUCUAUAUAUAUAGAAUCUAUGCAAAUCAAAUGGAUAUUUUGUAUCAUGUGAUCAGACAAAACAUGCCCAGCAUCCAAAUUUAUACUGCCAUCACUAUAAGGGCUUAUGACUAUUUAAUAAUAUCGUCUAAUUAGUUAACUUUUCUUCUUUUACACCCUAUUCAAACUCUAUAGUUAACUAAGUCAAAUUUAAUAAAGGAAUCCAAUUUGAAUGACGAUGAAGUUAUUAAUAUUAAAAUGAAGACGCUGAUUCCAAAGAGUAAUAACAAGAUACAUGAAUUCUAGAUAAAGCUUACUUGUACUGAUUGCAAAAGUGUAGAUAACUAGAUUUGA